CUGCAAUGAAAAGUCAAAUUUUGCCUGUCAAAACUAAAAUUUUGCACAUAACCUCAUCUAACAAAGAACACAACCGUCAUCGGUAUUCGCUUGCUAUUUUUACUUUUACAUUCUUUUAAUAAAUUUAAAUAAAUAAAAAUGAGCUCUAUUGGUACAGGUUACGAUCUUUCAGCUUCGCAAUUUUCACCCGAUGGCCAAGUUUUCCAAAUUGACUAUGCCUCCAAGGCAGUGGAAAAAAGUGGAACAGUCAUUGGGGUGCGCGGUAAAGAUGGCGUUGUAUUGGCCGUCGAGAAAAUUGUCACCAGUCCUCUAUACGAAGAAGACGCAGGAACCAGAAUAUUUACCAUCGACAAAAACAUUGGAUUAGCCCUGGCUGGUCUCCUUGCAGAUGGACGUUACAUCGUUGAUAUCGCUCGUCAAGAAGCAGCCAAUUACCGGCAACAGUUCGACCGUACUAUCCCUCUGAAACUGCUCAAUGAAAGAAUUUCUGGGUACAUUCAUGCCUACACUUUGUACAGUGCCGUGCGUCCAUUCGGUGUUACUGUAAUUCUCUCAGCCUGGGAUGAGGAUCAAGGCGCACAGCUUUAUAAAAUUGAACCCUCCGGCCACUCAUAUGGUUACUUUGGCUGUGCUAGUGGCAAAGCCAAACAGCAAGCAAAAACCGAGAUGGAAAAAUUCAAAUUUGUGGAAAUGAACACCGAGGAUCUGGUGCAAAAUGCUGGCAAAAUAAUCUACCAGGUCCAUGAUGAACUAAAGGAUAAGGAUUUCCGUUUCGAAAUGAGUUUGGUAAGCAAGGAGACCAACGGAGUUCACCGUUUGAACCCAGCACCAUGGCAUGCAAUGGCAAUUGAAGCUGGACAGGCUGCCAAGCGAGAAGAUGAUAGUGAUAAUGAAAUUUAAGUUAUUUUUUCGAUUUUUUUUAUGGCUUAUAUGAGAUUUCAUUGCAAGGUUAACGGUAACAAAAAUAAACAAACAUUAAAAUUAUGAUCGAUAA